AUGACGAGUGGAAGGCUAGCACUUACCGGCUUCGUGGAGACGUCGACAGGCGGCUACUCGGGCAAGGCUCUUCGCUACUUCCCGAGUGGACGCAACUGGACCCUGGAACAAGGAGUAGAAGAAGCUCAGAGUCAGGUACGUGUAGAUUCGCUGAUAAAAACGCUCUUAGCCCCAGCUAUCGGAUAG